AAUAGUUAGGUGACGUCAUAAAGAAAGAGAGGUUGCCGAAGAAAGUUUUGUUGUUCGAAGCUAUUGAUAAGAUCCCGUGACAUAGAAAAAGGAAACGUACAUCUUGUGUUUCCUUUCGCUGAAAUUGAAUUUAAAAACUGGUGUCGUUAUUUAUAAAGAAAGAUAGUGUUAUUGUUUGUAGUGUACUUGUAAUAAUUCGUAUUUUAAGGGAGAGACUGUGUGCAUAUGGCGGUGAUGCCCGUUGCGAAACAAGAUUUUGUCUCUUUGGAACCGUUUGUUCAUCAAGUCGGAGGGCAUUCCUCCAUGAUGAAAUUUGACGAUGUGUCUGUCUGUAAACCUCUAAAUCAACGAGAGCAUCGCUUUUAUGAGGAACUGCCAUCAGAAAUGCACCCCUUCACUCCGAAGUAUCGAGGAGUGGUUUAUGUAAGCUUUGAAGAAGACGAGGAUGGUUAUAUCCAUCUGACAGCUCACCCAAACAAGUUAGCAUUAGAAUGUCAAAAUAAAGAUGGCUCUUCCAAAUUCAGCUGUAGCACAAAUGGUAGUUCCUCAGACAGUGACAGCAGUGGAGAGGAAGUGAUAGGAUCACCCCAGCUGAGGUCACCAAGAGUUGGUAUAGUUGGAUCAGUAGAGACAGGUCCAUACAGGGUGCGACUUCGGAGUGGAAAGCUAGAACUCAUAAGCACUAGGAAUGAAGGAUUCUUUGAUGCAGGAGAUAUGACUGAUCACUCAUCAGAUCAUGCCUCCCACGGGUGGCCUGAGAAUGAAAUCUUCACAAGCUGCUAUACUGGAAGGAACAGCAUUAAUGGGAGUGCAGGUGCAAAUCCUUGGAGUUUGCAUUGUCAUAAGGAAGAAGUAAACAAAAUGAGAAAACUGGGCCCAUCAUCUAAAGCACACAAAUACAUUGUUUUGGAAAAUGUGGCUUUCCAAUUUUCUUCACCUUGUAUUCUGGACUUAAAAAUGGGAACGCGGCAACAUGGAGACGAUGCAACUGGUGAAAAAAGAGAUCGACUUAUUGCGAAAGUAGAAAAAUCUACGUCAAAAACUCUUGGAAUAAGAGCAUGUGGUAUGCAGGUAUACAAAAAGAAUUCAGGAAGAUUUAUGUGUCACAACAAAUAUCAUGGACUUAAGCUUCGUGAAGAAGGCUUCAAAGAGGAAUUGAUUACUUUCCUUCACAAUGGACAACAGUUUAGAACAGAACUAAUAGAACCUUUACUUCAAAGGCUUCGAAAGUUGUACAAAGUCAUUGAGAAGCAACACUCGUUCCGUUUCUACUCAAGUUCCUUGUUGUUAAUGUAUGAAGGAGACAUGGACGAUUCAGUUGAAACAACAAAGAGUUGUAGUUCUACAAAAGAGAGAGAAAAAGGCCAAAGCAAGGCAGAAACACCAACCAGCAAUCACAGUAAUUUAAACAAUAUCAGUCAGUGUUUCAGUCAUCGCUGCAAGGUUGAUGUCCGAAUGAUUGACUUUGCUCACACAACACACAGUGGGUUCUCUGGGGACCGCACCCGUACUGGACCUGACACAGGCUACUUGUUUGGUCUCAAGAACUUGAUAAGACUUCUGGAAGAUAUCCAAGAAAAAUACCAUGAUUUUACAGACACCAGUCCUGAUUCUAACCUAUGAUAAUCCUUAUUAAGUUCCAACCUGAGAAUAUCAACAAACUAAUUGAUCCAAAUUAAUGUGCAGUCCCUGCCCCUUUCAUGUUGGGUCUUUGGUUGGUUGCCUGAUCCCUUCUAUCAAUUUCUUUUUCAAUGUUUGAAUUUUGGAACUCUGACCCCAGCCUUGGUAAGGCUGGGUAUGUUCAUAUCCUGGUACCUGACUUUGGUAUAUUUUAGUGCAUGCAGGUUUGGACCCAAAAUACAAAAUUCUGUAGGAGAUACUAAUUCUUGAGAUGAAGUAAAACAAUCUUCUAAUUGACAUCAAUGCACAAAAUAAAUGGUAAAAAAUUCAGUUGAAAUUAAAGUUUAUGAAAACAAAAGUGAAUAUUCAUAUUGAUUAGUAUUAAUUAUGUAUACUUACAGAAUAUUAAUAAUUUUGAUUCACCCAAAGAAUCUUUGCACAAGGCAGCUUAGUAGUACCAUAUUUUCUAUUCUGAUCACUAUUAAGGAGAAAUGUUGUGCUUUCAUUGAAAUGGUUAUGUUCAAUAUAUAGAAUAUGGACAGAGCUGAGUAACGUAUAUAUGCACACGCCAUGUUUUGGCAUGGAAACACAGGUUUUGAGUCAUUUGCUUGGUUGAUUUCUAUUCUGUUGUUUUGAGGUGUCUUCCUUGCAACCUAUCUCUUGUAUAACAACUUAGAAAAGCCUUGUACACCCCCUAAAUAUUUUCAAAAAUUAAUUUUCUCUUUAAAAACUUUGGAAAUUGGAUAAUGCCUUUGAUGACAACAAAAUGCCUUGGCUUCAAAAUGCCAGCUCCUUAUUGUUUUCGCAAAUUUUGCUAAAUUUUAAACCUUGCACACUCGAGCCGAUGUUGUUGACCGCAUACCUUUGACAUUAAUCAGCUCUGUCUAGAAUACACAGUAAGUAUGAAACUGAAAGUGGUAAAGGUCACAAUUAAUACCACUGCUGCAAUUAGGGUCACUUACAAAACUUCCCUUUACCAAUCACAUUGUUCAAGACAAAUGAUGAUUCUAUUCAGUACCUAGGAUCAAAAUUUUGGAAUUCACUGCACCUUUUGUAUAAUCAUAUAGCUUAGUUUUGUCUAAGCUAGUGACUUUUGUAAUAGCAGUUGCACUGUAAACAUGGAAAUUAUUAUCAAUUUUAUGUGGAUCAUUCAAAUAUUGUUCAUGCUCUAUAAUAUCCAAGGAUUUCAUCAUUAUUGGCAAUUAGUUCGGAUGGGGUUUCAGCAGAAAUGGGUUUCUUGUUGCUAUUUAUUAUAACUAAGUCCACAUGAAUUAAAUGAAACCUUUCUUAAGUA